GAGUGCACGAAUGUUUUGCUUGUUGUUGCUGUUGAAUUUCGCGGCCGGCAGGCGGCAGCAGCGGCGGAGGCCAUGGUGUGGCUGGGGGAGUGCUGCGGCGGGGAGCUGAUCGGCGGAGACGGCGUCGUGGGGCGCAGCCGCUUCUACUGCUGCCGCGACAUGGCGUCCGGCGACGGCGAGGUGGAGCAGGCGCAGGAGGCGGACAAGUUCGAGGUGGUGCGCCAGUUCUCCACCUGCAAGACUGUCUCCAGCCCGCCCGUGCCGUACUCGGGGGAGAUCCCGGUGAUCCUUCACACCGGGCGAACCAUCACCAUCAAGGGCUCAAUCCUCCCUGAUGCGACCCGGAUGUCCAUCAACCUGGUGUGCGGCUGCAGCGAGGACUCUGACCUGGCCUUGCACCUGAACCCUCGCUUCGACCUGGACCAGGUGGUGCGCAACAGCCGUGUUGCCGGCCGCUGGGGCGACGAGGAGGUGGCUGCGCUCACCAAGAACCCUCUGCGGCGCGGCGCGGCCUUCGUCAUUGCCAUAUUUGUCGCCGAGGAGGAGUUCCUGAUCUCGCUGAACGGGCGCCACUUCUGCUCGUACUCGUUCCGCGUGCCGCUGCAGCGCGUGGUGUCCCUGGCCAUCCACGGCGACGUGCGGGUGGACUCGCUGGAUCACGGCGCCGCCACCAGCUACCCGGACCCGGCGCUGGGCGACUUCGUGCGGCAGCUGCCGCUCGCGCGCUCCGCGGACGACGAGUCGAUGGAAACGCCAUUCUUCGGUGUUCUGUCGCAUCCAUUUGGUCCCGGGACGUACCUCGAGGUGGUCGCUCAGCUCAAGUUGGCACCGCACAGCUUCUACCUGAACCUGCAGCAGGGGGUGCGCGCGUGGCCGCACCCCAGCAUCGCGCUGCACGUGAACCCGCGCUUCAAGGCGGGCCCGGCGCCCGUCGUGGCGCUCAACUCCUGGGCGGAGGGCCGCUGGGGCAAGGAGCGGCUCGCCGCGUGCCUCGACUUCUUCCCCGGGCUCGUGUUCGCGCUGCGCGUCACGCGGCGGGACGACAGGUUCGAUGUCAGCAUCAAUGGGAACCAGUUCUGCAGCAUGAAGCACAAGCUGAGUCCUGACAUCGUGGACUCUGUGGUGGUGCAAGGAGACAUCCUCAUCAAGGAUAUUAUAUUUGAGAAGGAUGACUCGCAGGACUUCUCCCAAGCAUGAAGAGGGUUUUGGAUUUUGCUUUGUGCUGUAAGUUUUCCCAACUGUCAGUGCAGAAAUGACGUGAAAGUGAUCAGUGUUUAAUCUCACUAAAGAGUAAAUAAUUGGCGAAUCAUGAUAAUGACAUAUUUAAAUACUCCUGGGGCUAACACACACAGUUAAUCUUUUUGCAUCCAAGUAUUAUUUUUGAUACUCUCACCUAGCAUUUUAGCUUGCCUUUAACUGUGCCUAAGAUAAAUAAGCUUUAUUCUUCAUAAAUGUUAAUAACCUACUUAAGUAGAAGAGCUAACUCUGAUCUUCAUUUUCUGGAAUUUGCGUAAAGACUUGUGCAAUCUGUGCAGCAGAUUUGUAGACAUGUAAAAUGCAGAUAUUUUUUUUAAAAAAAAUUUACUGUAAUAUAAUUUUUUUUUGUAUACUCUGUACAUGUAAAAUUUCCAAUAAUAAUGCAAAUUUUAAUUUGCUUUGUACAGUAAAAUUGUAUAGUGUUAUAAUUUUGUUAUUAAAUAAAAUGUUAUUUCCUAUUUA